AUGCAGGUGCAAGGAGGGCAGGUGAGCCGGGCCUAGUGAUGAGAAAAGAAGAAAAAAGAAAGAAAAAGGCAAAUCGGACGACGACGACGACGGCGCAGGAAGCCGAGCACACCCAAAUUGAAUUCCACUUGCGUGCGCAACCGCCCGCGCGACUUUCGCCAUGGCAAUCUUCGGUGACUCCGAACGCCUCAGAGUUUCCAACUGAUUUAAGAAGGAAGAUAGGAGGGACUUCAGUCAUGGAAAUUGGGGGAAAAAAAGCGAAAUAUGCCUUGAAACUAAGAAAAACCUUUGAAGGAGGGGUGAAAUAUAAUCUUGACAGGUUGAUUCGGUGAUCCUUGAAGAAGUUUUUAACUGAAAAAUUGGAAGAGGCUCGGUCAGAAAAAAAUGAAGAAAAAAACGGGAGAAAAAAACUACUUCAAAGCUUGGAAAAAAAUGACCAGAUUAAUUUUUUUGAUUAUUUUUUUAAAUCGAGAAGUUUCCUGCAAAAUUAUCAUGUUUCUAAGCGAAAAAAAUCAAAGAAUCGAGCAAGAAAAAAAUAAAAGCCAAAAGAUUGAAGAAACCGAAAAGAAAAAAGUUGAUAAAUAAAAAUUCACUGAAAUCCUUAAUUGAAGCAUAAGCUUGUAAUGUGAACAUAUUUGAAGAAAUAGCGGGAAAAAGAUUUGCCCCCAAAAAUGAGAUUAUGUGCUCCAUGGAUAAGAUUUUUUUAGUUUUGAUUUUUAAAAAAAUGUUUUUUUGAAAAAAAUACUUUUAUGAGAAAGUAUCAAACAUGUAGAACUGAAUGUUUGAAAAGUUUUUCAACUUUUAAUUCCUAAAAUCCCAUGAGAUUUUUCCGGAGUUUUGAAACCUUUUUUCUUGAAAUUUCAAUAACUUUAUAGCCCCCUGGAAAAUUGAAAAAAUUCUGAAAAUCCGUCUCUGAGGGCCGAUUUUGAACAGCACGUCGUUGAUCAAAAAUUUUCCGACUACACAUUUUUUCAUCACAAGGCGGAGGCAGAACCAAACUUUAAAAAAAAAGGAAAUUUCCUGGAGCCGAGUUAGAUUAAUUUCCUGUUAUUUGGAACUAGUCUACGGUCAUGUGGAAUGACUCAGAAGAGAAAAAAAAAGGAAAAUGUGUUCCCAGCAGAGUUUUCAAAGAAAUAUUAAAAUGAUUGCUCACGUGGACUUGCAAUUAAUUUGCACCGCAGGGAAUUCAGAUUGAUAGGAACUUUUUUUGAAAAUAUGAAGUUAGGAGCUUUUUUUUUGAAGGCUUAGGUCUUUUUUGCAUUUUUUUUUUCUGAACUAUGUUGUAGUAAAAAAAAUUGUUUUGUUUCCUAGUUGAGAACGAAUUUUCCGGAAUUUCGCUUCAAUUCGCUUCAACCGCAACGCGACCGCGACGCAACGAGCCAUUCAACGUGCGAAUGAGACGUUUCAAAUCAAAAUGUUGGUUAUACUCAAUUUUUCCCGACUUGAAAGGCGAGAAAGGCGGGGCAGGGGGCGGGACGCGUGGCGUGUGCGUACGCGGUUCUUGGCACGAGUUCAAUUCAAGCGCUACUGGUUAUUCGAAAAGCUCGUUUGUCGCUCUUUUUGUGUCGAUUCUACAAUUUUUUGAUGCAGAAAUGAAAAAAAAUCCAUGAAUAACCAAAGAAAUGAAAAGAGCGAUCAACGAGCUCUCCAAACAAUCGAUGACGGUUAAAUUGAACUCGUGCCAAAAACCGCGUACGCACACGCUACGCGUCCGGCCCCGCCGCCCUCGUCUUUUAAGUCCGGAAACAUUGACUAUACAUUUUUUCUCCAAAAAGAUCGAGCCUUCUAGAUUCUGACCUUUCUAAAUUAAUGUGGAGAAACAUUGAACUGGUUUACCCAAAAGAAUCUGGAAAAAAUGGAGGUCUCCUUGUUCAUUUCUGCACGAAUUUCAUAGAAAAAGCUCAUUAAACUCCUCAUAUGAUACUAUUGAGUGGCACCAGCGUAAUGAAACGAAAAAAAUCCUCUUUUUUUAAUUAAGCGUCGGGAUUGCGGUUGAUGAUGGAAAACAUUCCACUCAGCACGUCAUCAAGCUCCGAGGAGAUUCUGGAAUGUUUGAAUCAAAAAACGACGGAAAUUUUUCGAAGAAACGAAGUUUUGCAACAAAGAAACCAGGCACAAAGGGAAGAAAGCGUCGUCCGGCGGACAAUAACUUUGAUUUUUCAAGUAAAUUUGGGAAAUAAGGGUGGUGAAAAAUGGGGAAACUUUGAAAUAGGUAGUGAAUGCAGAAGAAAAAUUAAAAAUUAAAAAUUUAAGGAGGAUAUUUGGAAAAAGGCCAAGUUUUUGGAAACUCUUCAUCAAAGGUUCAACUCUAUCUGGCGCUACUAUAAAUGGCCUAAUUUUGUAAGAAAAUUUAUUUUGGAGUUCAGUAAAGUAGUCAGCAGAACAGAACUUUUUUUCCGGCAACAAAACUUUAUUAGAAAUGCCGUGGUCGCACUGGGAAUGGCUUGAAGCGUCGCAGCCGCGUUGCGCUUAAAAAAUAUCUUAUAGCUAAAAUGGCAUUCAGCAGUUAGAGUAAAAAUCUGGGAAGAUUAUUAGUGGCCACUAUAGGGUUUUGACGUUUUAGUGGCCACUAUUAUAGUCAAAUUAGCGGCCACUUAAGAGGUUAAAAAUUACUGGCCUCUUUAGAGAUCUGAGUGCUACUACCAGACCACAAAAAAUUUUAGUGGCCGCUUUAUGGGUCAACGGAUCAACAUAACUGGUCCAAUCAGUUUGUUUUAAAAUUAUAAGAGUUACUGGAAGGAAUACUGGAUGAAAAACUACUGAAGUGGCCUCUAAAAAAAAAUAGUGGCCACUAUAGAGGUGUGUUUAGUGGCCACUUUAGUGUCCUCUCCAAGUAGUCCUCGGCGAGCCUCUAUAGUGGCCACUAAAAUUUUCCCAGUUAUAUAAAAUAUUCUGCAAAGAUUCGAAUUUUUAGGGUCGGGUGCGCAUUUGGAAACCGCUUCGCAGCCGUUCCGCGUCAAGCAAUUCCUCGUGCGGCCUUUAGCCUUUAUUUGGGGCGAUUUUUUAUACCUGCAAUCCUUCCAACAAGUUCUCCGUAAAUGAAGUCAAUAACUUUAAUGAAAAUACACGAAAAUCCCAAAAUAGUUCCCAACUUUCAACAUCAAACUUAAGCUUAUCCUUAACUUUCCUUGAUCAAAGUUCAUUCCACAGAAAAAAAAACCCCUUGAGGUUUUUUUUUUCUAGCUAAUCACAUAAUUGUUGUUCUCUCCAAUUUCUGAUCCGUCCACGUGCCCUUUCUAUUUUCCAUUUUUCAGAAAAGCCUAGGGCUUUGAGAUAAAACAAGUCCUGACGCAAGUUGUGUUUUGCCACAAAAUCGCCAAGGAAUUGAUUAUCCCCAGACACGCAAAGAAGUCAGGCUUCGGCUUCAAAUUAGGGCUUUCGGAUCAGAAGACGGACGUCAAGGAAGUUACAGGAGGAGUGCCACUUCCUCACGGCAUUCAUUCGUGAGAUAUUGACUUGAGAAUGAAUUGAGCGUGCAUAAAUUGGGAAAUGAUGAAUGGGUUGGGCAUGGCGAUUCUAGUUUCUAGAGAUGCGAUUUCAAAUUCAUUUUUAUUUUUGAACGAUAAUUAGAGUUUUCAAAAAAAAAAAACAUCGUGGUUGCGUUUAAAAUGAAUCAUAGCGUUGAUUUCUUGGUUUUUAAUCAUUUACUUGACAAAAAAAUUUUUCUCUUUAAUGAUAAAAAAACAGCGAAAGUACAAAAAAAUUUGAGCGAAGAUUUUUCAAAAAAUUUUGAUUUUUAUAAUCUUUCAGCCAUUUUAAUGAAUUUUUUGAAGUUCUUCAUAUUUUUUUUAAAAAAAGCUGAAAGUCUUACUCACUCUUUCUUACUUACAAAGAACUGGAAAUAAUGAUAAAAUCUUACGGUGGAGUUUUCGUUUUUCCUACAGUAAGAUCUUACAGUAACAUUCAACAAUACCCAGAGGACAGUUUUCCAUCUUCGAUUCCUAAAUUUCCUUCAAAACGAGUCUUUUAUCCAAGGCUAAACUCAAAAUCGAAAGCCUUUUUGCGUCUAUUAUUCGUAGAGAAAAGAGUCUUUCGAAAAGGCAAAAGAUAGCGAAAAAAGAAAGAAAGAAACAAGGCGUUUCAGCUCGAAUAAAUCUCCAUCAGAAGUGGUCCAAAAAAGAAGAUCCCUGGGGAAAAUUGCGUGUUUUUGUGCCACCCACAUGAACUCGGAAACUCUUGUCAAAACAUGUCUUGCAGAAAAAAAAAGAAGAAACUUCUUUUUUCAAACGUUUCUCGUAAUUAACAUGCGUGAACGUGGUAGUUUCUUUUUUAGGUGGAAAAAAGUAAUUAGGAGGGUCACGUAGAGCUUCUUUGAGCUGUUUUUUGAGCUUGAACUUUGCACUUUUAUUGGAAAAAUUUGAAAGAAAAAAGGUUAAGGAAGGAUUUUUUUAAAUCUUUCAAAUCAAUUAAAAGGAAAAAUCAAAAAAUUUAUUAAAAAAAGGAGGAAAAUUACACUGUUUAUGACCUCUCGAAAGAAAAUUUUGAGCCUUGAAAAAAAAUUUUUUUUUAUCAGAUCGAAUUUUUCAUUAAAUCAAAGGAUAUUUUUAAAAUUUCCAAAUCUUCUAUGAGCAGAAAAAUUAAUUCACUAAUUUGUUCAGAAAAUUCAAGUAACGAAGAGUACUUCGAAUAAAAAAAAGCAAAAAGUCAAAAAAUCGGCAAAAUUCUCAAGCUGAAGCUGUUGAAAAUUCCGAUCGUGAGAAAAAAAAAACCCAAAAAAAAGAGAAAGCAAAAAAAAAAACAAGACGAAAUCCUCAGAAAAGUUGGUUUGGCCCCGGAAAGAGGAGAGAGCGCCAGAAUAUUGAAGCCUUGGCCAUAACGGCCAGGGCUCGCGGAGCCUCCAAAUAGGCUCCGCCCAUUCGAUCGACAUGCAAGAGAGAGAGAUGAGAGACGACGUGCGACGACAGAGAAGAGCCGUCCAGACGACGUGGAGAGCUCCGGUUUCCGGGGAAACCGCUCAGGUGAGUGCGCCUCCGGGCUCCAUUCAGAGAAGGAAAGGGAGGGACCUGGUUCGCGAGGCAGCUUUGACUUGUCAGAGCUUCUUGUCUUUGCAGGACGUUUUAGAGAUUGAAAAGUAUGAGUUUGGUGAAAUUUUGUUGUAAGAUGUCAUUGAAAAGCAAUCGGAAAAAGUAAAAAAAAUUUUUUUUCUUUGAUUUCGAUUUUUUUUUUACUUUGCAGGAAACAUUAGAGCUUGAAAAAAACCUUCUCUCUCAACCUUUUGUUUUCAAUGAAGAAAAUAAGUUUUUUGUCGUUUUUGCAAAAAAAGUUUAGGAUUGAAAAAAAGGAACUCGUGGAAAAAAAUUUCAAAUUCAAACGAAAAAUUUCAAUUUUUUUGAGAGUUUCGGUGUCUUGUCUGGUGAGUUCAGAUUAAUAUUUUUUUAAAAUUCAAUCCUAACUUUUUUUAAUGGUUAUACAUGAAUCAGCAUAAUCGGUAGAUAAAAAAAAAUUUUUUGAAAACCAACACUAAAGUGGCCAUUAAACCCGUCUCUAUAGUGGUCACUAUUUUUCCGUUUUAGUGGCCACUCUAGAGGUUCUCUAUUUAGCGGCCACUUCAAUAGUUUUUCAUGAAGUAUUUUUUCCAGUAACUUUGACAAUUUUAAAACAAACCUAGUGGACCAGUUAUGUUGACCCAAUGACUCCUAAAGGGGCCAGUAGUACCACUUAGACCUCUUUAGUGACCACUAAAUUCUAACCCCUCAAGUGGCCACUAAUUUAACUACUAUAGUGACCACUAAAACGUCAAAACCCUGGUGCUACGACAAGAGCGAGUUUUCCAUUUGCGAGCAGUACUGUAUGCGGCAAAGCGCGUUGCGUGCAUGCACUCUGCGUGUUUACACUUUUUGUGGCGUGACGUCAUCGCGCCGUACAUCUGCGGGUUUUUUUGCUUGCGGGUUUUUCGGAUUUUUUUGAAUUUUUUUCCGGCUUAUUUGUUUUUCGAAACAAAAAAAGAAAACUUUUUUUAUUGAUGAAAAACUCUGUUUGUCAAGGGGGCAGCUUAGGAAAAUGUUUCUUUAUAGAUAGCUUUUAGGUCAACUCCACAAAUAUAGAAAAAAAGAAGUAAGCUAAUAUUGAUAUUUCAAAGAGGAAAAAUAUCAAACAAUUGCAUCAUAACAAAUACCAGUAAUUGAAAUAAGUUAUAUCAAAAAAAUAAGAAAAAUAAGAAAAAUAACAAUUUUUUUACAGAAAAAAAUCAUAUCAAACAAAAAGUCAUUUUCCCAGAAAAAUCUUCAAGAUAUUUUAAAUUACAUUGAAAGAUUUGAAGGGAGUUGUCAGAAAUUUUACGAAAAUUGGAUUUUAGUACAACACCGGUGUUGAGGGUGGAGGAGCAGGGACAUCUUUUUUUCGCCAAAAACUUCCUUUGCGAUUUCUUGUUGCUUUAAAAAUUGAGUCGAAAAACAAUGUCGUUAACAUAAUCGAGCCUUCUUAUGAGGUAAAUCGAGCCUUCUUAUGAGGUAAAAAAAAAGUUUUCUUUUUGUUUCGAAAAUAUUCGCACAAUCAAAAACCAAACCGGAAAAAUCCAAAAAUUCCGAAAAAAACAUUGAAAAAUACCCGCAAAGCAAAAAAACCCGCAGAUGUACGGCGCGAUGACGUCACGCCACAAAAGUGUAAACACGCAGAGUGCAUGCACGCAAUGCGCUUUACCGCAUACAGUACUGCUCGCAAAUGGAAAACUCGCUCUUGUCGUAGCACCAAAACCCUAUAGCGUCUACAAAAAGUUUUCCCAGCAAGCCAAUGAUAAAACGACCCAGAAGCUCAGCCAAAGAUCCAACUAA